AAGAGACGAAAAAUGGCGGUUUCAUCGUCACCGACACUCUCCGCUCUCUACUUCAGCACCAAUCUUCUCUCAAGUUCUCCUGCUGCUCGGGCUCCCUUCGAUUUGUCAUGCUCUUCCUUCGCUCGCCGCCGCGGCCAUUACACAGCCGUCGUUUGCUCUUACAAACCGAAGAGCGAAUUGGCUACUGGAGAUAAGAGGUCGUUACUGGAAAGCUACGGUCUCGAC